CUUAAUUCCGUUGAGAGGUUAAAAAUACCGAAAAUACACGCCUCUUUUUUCUCUCUCUUGACAUCAGGCUAUUUCUUCUAAACCCAAAACAAAUUUCAUCCUUCACGUCUCUCUCGCAGCCGCCGAAUCUUUUUCUGGGAAGUGAUGGAUGGUGUGGCGGCUCAAUGGGACUUCAGCUGCAACUUAGAAGUAGAUCUUGGAUCUGAAGAAAAUGUUGACAUUGUCUAUACUGCGUUGGCUGUUGAUAAAGAGUUGCAGCCAGAUAAAGUGAAGAGGCAUAUAUCUGUAUCUAACGGGAAGCUUUCAGUGCAUUUUGAGGCUGUUGAAGCAAGAUUUCUUCGUGCAUCGUUUAGUGCAUUCGUAGAUGUACUCACACUCGCAACAAAGACUAUUGAAGAAUUUGGUCCAAAGAAGGAAUAGAGACCUCUACUAAAUAUUGUUGAACAUUGUUUAUUUUAUUCACUGUGCCAUAGAGAGAAAGCCAUUUGCUGUUGUAAUUGAAUGUGGGAUAUUCCCCACUAAUAAUCUAAAUUUUCAGAUUAUCUUAUCUGUUGAUCUUUAUCAUGUACUUCUCUGAAACUACAAGAAGCCAACGGAGUAGCACUUGAUUUUGGCAUUAACAAAGAUGCUCAAGCAACCUCUUGCAGCUCAAAAUCUCGUGAAAGUAUAUGUAUACCCUCUUUCUUAAAGUAAAGUUCAGAUGA